AAUUUCAGGGGUGGGAGUAAAGGUUGGUUUAUAAUAGCCGUAACCGUUAACUUAGGCCGGUGCCGUAAAAGUUGAAAGAUAGGAAACCCGUACUACCGUUUAUAAUAGUUGGCCGUAAUCUGUUAUUUUUGGCCGUAACCGAAAAGUUGACUCAACUUUAUCUUUACCGGCCUACGGCCAGUGAAAGCAACGGAAAAGAAUUGAAAUCCAUCAAGGGAGUCGAAAGCACAUAACCUUUUGACAUACAACAUACGUGAUAUAGUGGUCUAUUAAAAAAAAAAAGUAAUAGUGAUGAAUGUACAAAUAAAUGACGCGGAUUUAAUUUUGUGGGUCGAACAAUUUCGGCAUUUAUACGACAAGAAAGAAAAAGAUUAUAAGAACAAAAAUGUCGUAGAAAACUCUUGGCAAUUUAUUGGUAACAAAUUGAAUGCAUCAAGUUCUGAAUGUAGAGAUCGCUGGAUUGCCUUGCGGAAUCGAUUUUCAAAAGAACGAUGCAAAUUAAUACGAUCAGGAUCAGGAGCAUCGGAUCAGAAAGAAUGGCCAUUAAUGAAAAAUUUGGCAUUUUUACACGAAUGUGUAAAACGACGGAAGACAUUUAGUAACGUCGAGUCACCAUGCAAAGACACUGAAGAUUCUUCAUGUUCUAUGCUAUCAAAUGAUUCCUAUGCCAAAGAUUCUCAAAAUUUGGCUCAAAAGCAUAAUGCUGCUGAAGAAUUAGAUUAUGAAGAUGUUCAGUACCUUGAUGAAACACCAAAUGAAUAUGUGGAAUAUCUGGACGAACAAACUGGUACACAUAAGGAUUUUGACGACGUAUCGAUGGACGAGACUUCACAAGAAACCAUAAACCGCACUUCAAGAGAAACUACUCAAUCACCUGCAGCAAAACGCUCGCGCUCCAGAUCUACUACUCCGAGUGACAAAGGUUCCUCAAAUAAAGCAUCUUUCCAAGCCAAAAUGGAUGAAGCCGUAGAUAUUUUUCAAAAAUUUGUAACUGAAAGAAACACUUUGACUGCGGAAGAUAAUUCCUUGAAAAACUUUUGUAACUCAAUAUAUGCUGACUUGAAAAAUUUAGACAACAGACAAUUGAUACAUUGCAAAAUAGAAAUCAUGCAAGUAAUUGCCAAAUAUUUAGAGUAAUACAUAUAUAAUGUAAUAUAAAAAUAAAUCGUUUUAUCCUAAA